GUCCGUCACAAGGAACAGCAGAGAGUCUGGAAUAAUUUGAUUUUGGCAAAUAUAUGUGUUAGUAUAAUUUUGUUUUCAAGCAGUCCAAUUUUUUUACGGACAACUAACGUAUUCCAUCGUUCUCCAUGAUGGAAGGAUUCAGCGGAACUUUGCGUUUGACUGAUUUAAAUGACUUUAUUGCUCCAACUCAGGAAUGUAUAAAACCAGUAAAAAUUGAGCGAGCAGGUGGUAAAGCAGGGUCCAUCAAAAUUACUUCUACCGGUGAAUACACGGAAGUGGAUGCUGAAGGAACGGAAACGAAGCUGGCGAAAGCAGAGAUUACGUUGAAUGACUGUCUGGCGUGUAGUGGAUGCGUUACCUCCGCGGAAACCGUUCUGAUUCAGCAGCAGAGUACGGACGAACUCAUUCGAAUCUUGGAUCAAAAUGCUCAAGUGCCUGUGCAAGAAAAGAAAUUUAUCGUCCUCUCAGUCUCGGAUCAGUCGCUUGCAUCCAUUGCGACACGCUAUGGGCUUUCGAUGCGUGAAUGUCAGCAGCGAUUGACGGGACUUUUCAAAUCCAUGGGAGUUCAUAAAGUGUUUGAUCUCGGUGUUGCAUCCGCUCUUUCUCUUUUGGAAAGCCGAGAAGAAUUUCUGGAGCGGAUGGCAAAUCGCGAGAUAAAAGGCGCUCUUCCAAUGUUUGCUUCUGCGUGUCCAGGAUGGAUCUGUUACGCGGAAAAGACUCACGGUUCCUUUAUCCUUCCUUUUAUUAGUAGCACGAAAUCACCCCAGCAGAUUAUGGGCUCACUCGUCAAGCAUUAUCUAUCCACGCAUUCCAAUAAAACUCCGAAUGAGGUGUUCCAUGUCUCUCUAAUGAUGUGCUACGAUAAAAAAUUGGAAGCUAGUCGGGAUGAUUUUUACGACGAUGUGUACCGCACCCGGGAUGUUGAUUUAGUUAUCACUUCCGUGGAAGUGGAGAAAAUGUUAGAGAAACGUCUAGUGGAUCUAAGAGAAUGCACUUUAGAGAAUGUCGAUGUCCUGCCGAAUUUCGAGCAGUACUCCGGUCAUUACGGUAGUGGAGCUGGUGGCUAUUUGGAGAGUAUUUUCAGAUAUGCGGCACAACAAUUGUUCCACAAAGAUGUGGAUCGUGUCGAAUACAAAACCGUUCGAAAUCAAGACCUUCGUGAAGUUACGUUGGAAAUUGAUGGACAACCAAAACUUCGCUUCGCGGCGGCUUAUGGCUUCAGGAAUAUUCAAAAUAUCGUUCAGAAGAUGAAAAGAGGGAAAUGUCCGUACGAUUUCGUGGAGAUAAUGGCUUGUCCAUCCGCCUGCUUGAAUGGUGGUGGACAAAUCCGAGCUCCCGAUACAGAAGUCACAAAGGAUUGGUUGGACAAAGUUCAAACACGUUUUCUGGAGUACGAAAAUCAAGAUCUUCUGAAGCCGGCUGCCUCUGUGGAUGCAUUUGACCUGUGGUUGGAAGGGAAGAAUUCGCCGAAAAGAAAGGAAUUCUUGCACACCCAGUACCAUUCUUUAGAGAAUAACACUUUUAAUUUAAAUAUAAAAUGGUGACAUUGUGCACAGCAGUACGAAUUUUGGGUUUGUAGCUAAUUGUUCGCGUGUGCACCUGAAAUUGAGUCAUUGCAGAUAAUCGAUAAUCUUUUCCGUAUACUUUGUAUAUAGUGGAACAAAUUACAGUUAAUAGGCGACACCGCAGCUUCGCGCUCAUGGUCAACGGCGUUUUAAUAUUUAGCGAUAAUAACGUAUUCACAACCUUGUACAGACUGUAGACGGUUUUAUCACAACCAAUAUAUUUAAAUAAGCUCCUUGUUAAGGCAAUGCUAACAUUCUAAUAACAGGUAACUCGACGUUAAGCGGAUGUACUUCGCAAUGAGGAAUCAAAUGUCACCGUUACACUU